AUGCCGAUGUCAACAUGUCAUGUCGGAUCGGUAGUUACACCAUUGGCUGUCUUAAAUCGACUACCAGGCUGGCUCGGCACGUUGGUUAUCAGCCCUGAUGGAUCAGUUCUGCAGUCAGCUGGUGAAUUAGUGAAUAACAAGGAAUUGGCUCAACAUUUCGCUGCGAUCGCCAACAGAGUUGGCCGUUUAUUAAAUAUGGAAGGUGAAAGAAAAACUCAACAAUUCAAAAGAUUAACUAUACAUUUCGAGCAUUCAAUAUAUAUUAUGACAUGUGUUGGUGAUACCAUCUAUGUAGUAAAACGUCUACCCGAUAAUCAGAAUAUUUCAUACGCAGAGACAUAUCAACAAUUACAUCUUGUCAAAUCGGAUAAUAGUAUGACUAGUAAUAACAAUCCUAUUGAUGUACAUCAUUCUGCUACUGUUAUUAAUAAUACUAACAAUAUAGUUACAAUAGAUAAUCACGGACCUCAUUUUUUUGAAGCACGUGCUCCAGAUGAUUAUUGA